CAGGUGGAAGGUCUCCAGGUCUCCAGGUCUCCAGGUCUCCUGCUCGUAAUGAGUCGGGUGAGGGGCGAGGGCUGUUUUUGAUUGCCAUCAAUUUCAGCCCCGCCAAUCCUCCCUCUGCCGCCGCAGCUAGACAAGCUGCCCAGGUACCUUGCCCACCCAUGCGCGCGCGAACCUUGCAUGCAUUGGACCAGGUUGAUUGAUCGCACUCUUCACACCGUUCCUUAAUAUUGCCUACCUACGGCCGAGGACGUCAAUUGUCGAAUAUCCCUCACACCACACUCUCUCUGCUCUCUCCCUACACCUUCUCCCGCCGCCUCUUCCCACCAGAACCCCCUCCUUGUCUGGCAUCACAUCACGACUCGCUCGUCCCGUCCCGCCGCACCAAGCUCGUUGGAAUCCACGCCACACAACCCUCUCCGGUCCACCAUGGCGCCCGUUGGAACUGUUCUCAUCACCGGUGGCACUGGCUACAUCGGCUCCUUCACCUCCCUCGCCCUCCUCGAGAACGGCUACGAGGUGGUGAUUGUCGAUAACCUCUACAACUCGUCCGAGGUGGCCCUCGACCGCAUUGAGCUCAUCUGCGGCAAGCGACCAAAGUUCUACAAGGUCGACAUCACCGACAAGCCCGCCCUGGACAAGGUCUUUGAUGAGAACCCCGAGAUCGAUAGUGUCAUCCACUUCGCCGCCCUCAAGGCCGUCGGCGAGUCUGCCGAGAUCCCGCUCGAGUACUACCGCGUCAAUGUCGGCGGCAGCAUCUCCCUGCUGCGCUCCAUGACCGACCACAAUGUCACCAACAUUGUCUUCUCCUCCUCUGCGACCGUCUACGGCGACGCCACCCGUUUCCCCAACAUGAUCCCCAUCCCAGAGAACUGCCCUACCGGCCCGACCAACUCGUACGGUCGCACCAAGUCCAUGAUCGAGACCGUCAUCGAGGACCACAUCAACGCCCAGCGCAACAACCUCAAGAAGGCAGGCAAGCCCUACGAGCAGUGGAACGGCGCCAACCUGCGCUACUUCAACCCCUGUGGCGCGCACCCCUCGGGCAUCAUGGGCGAGGACCCCCAGGGCGUGCCAUACAACCUGCUUCCCCUGCUCGGCCAGGUUGCCACCGGCCAGCGCGAGAAGCUGCUGGUGUUUGGCGACGACUACGCCUCCCGUGACGGCACGGCCAUCCGCGACUACAUCCACGUGUGCGACCUUGCCAAGGGCCACCUGGUGGCGCUGAACUACCUGCGGGAGCACCACCCAGGCGUCAAGGCCUGGAACCUCGGCUCGGGACGUGGCAGCACCGUGUUUGAGAUCAUCAACGCCUUCAAGGAUGUUGUCGGUCGGGAUCUCAAGUACGAGGUCGUGGAGAGGAGGCAAGGCGACGUGCUGGACCUGACGGCAAACCCCAGCCUGGCCAACAAGGAGCUGAACUGGAAGACAGAGCUCAAGAUGGAGGACGCCUGCUCGGAUCUGUGGCGGUGGGUCAGCAACAACCCCCAAGGCUACCGCCAGAGCCCACCGGCGGAACUGCUCGAGGCCCUGAAGAAAUAGGCCCGGCAGGGAUGUUGGAAGUAGCACGGUUGCGUUCGGAGGGGAAGAAUGUGCAAAAGAAUAAUGAGUGCCGUUUUGGGAAUGUGGCAGUCAAUGACUGCCGGUGAAGUGGGAUUAUCAUUGUCAUGCGGACACAAGGCUGCAAAUCAAGGCUGGAGCACCCAUAGAAUUUGCUUCGACGAGUUAGACGAAUAAUGGAACUUUUCAAAUCA